AUGGCCAGUAAGUGGGAUCAAAAGGGCAUGGACAUCGCGUAUGAGGAGGCUGAGUUGGGCUACAAAGAAGGCGGUGUUCCUAUUGGCGGAUGUCUAAUCAACAAUAAAGACGGUAGCGUUCUUGGACGUGGCCACAAUAUGAGAUUCCAGAAGGGGUCUGCUACGCUGCAUGGUGAGAUCUCCACUUUAGAGAAUUGCGGGAGAUUGGAGGGCAAAGUUUACAAGGAUACCACUUUGUACACGACUCUGUCGCCAUGCGACAUGUGCACUGGUGCCAUCAUCAUGUAUGGUAUUCCACGCUGUGUGGUAGGUGAGAACAUCAACUUCAAGAGCGACGGUGAGCAGUAUUUGCAGACCCGAGGCCACGAAGUCGUAGUCGUUGACGAUGAAAGAUGUAAGAAGAUUAUGAAACAGUUCAUUGACGAAAGGCCCCAGGACUGGUUUGAGGACAUUGGCGAGUAG